UUUUCUAUUAGGAUCCAGCUACAAGAUUUGCCGACAUUGAGCAGAUUGGCAAGGGCGCAUUUGGAAAAGUCUUCAAGGCUCGCUUGAAAGACACCACCGUGGCAGUGAAGGUUGUUGAUAUCAGAAAGGGUCAAACUGAUAAUAAUGAAGCGAUACAGGAGAUCCGUAUCCUUGAACGACUUAAUCAGCACAACAACAUCGUGACGUUUUACGACGCCGUGAUCCAUAAAACGCGCCCUCAGAACAAACUGUGGUGUACUAUGGAAUACUGUGGAGGAGGAUCACUGGCAGACAUAAUCAGCUCCACAAGGAACCAGAGCCUCCCUGAGCGCUCUAUUCAAUACAUUUCCAGGGAGGUUUUAAAGGGCCUCGAUUACAUUCAUAACAACCUUGUAAUACACACGGACAUCAAAGGGGCCAAUAUUGUAUUGACUGAACAGGCAGAGGUCAAGAUAAUUGACUUCGGAUUGGCUAAAGAGAUCCGUUACCCAGGCCAAAGAGUCAGUGAGUACUCAGGAACCCCAUGGUACAUGGCACCCGAAGUGAUCAUCACUCUUUAUUUGCCUGAAAUUGGAUACACCGUUAAGUGUGACAUCUGGUCCUUCGGGAUAACCAUCAUAGAAAUGGCCCAAGGCGAUCCACCGAAUAGAGAUAUGCCAGCAGAACGUGCCAAGAUUAACAUCUUCAGAGGGGAUCCACCAGAGCUGAAAUCCAAGCGCUGGUCUACCGACAUUCGUGAUUUCCUCAAGCUUUGCUUGACCAAAGCAGAUCAGGAAAGGCCCGGCGCUAAAGUUCUACUUCGGCACCAAUUUAUUACAAACCAGCCCAAUGAAAAUGAGGCUAGACUGGCCUUUAUACAAUGUUUGAAUGAAGUUUCAGGACAAGAAUAAAAUCCUGGCAAGAGAGGGAAGAAAAGCUUUUAUCACCACCUUUAAGCUUUCAGGUAAGUCCCCCCCCUACAGCUAUACAGUAUUUCAUUUGUCGCAAGAUGAUGAAGAAAUGUGAAGAAGACAAUAAAAACGAACACACAAAGAGAGGUAGUCGAGACUCGUCCAGUGGAAAUGUAAUAGAACGAUCCCACACGGACAGGUUUGUACAAGCGUACAAGCACUCUCGAUGCCAAUAUAUAAAGUUCUACUGUAAUUUUCAGCUUUUAAAGAUAUAAUCCAAAAGGUGAGCUAAUGUUUAACUCUUCCUUUACAUGCAAUUCUUCAUACUCAUUCUAGCCAUAUUCCAAUACUGAGACUUCUUUUUUCCCCAUAGCAGAAAUUAGCUUGCUGUGCAAAUGAUGAGCGAUAGGCUAAUUUCAAGCUUCAAGAAGCCCAAGAUGAAGAUCCAAACCUACUCGGGCAUCUGGAAGAAAAAGACAGGGGUUUUAUCUGAGCUUUUGUCAACUAGGAAAAGGUCCAAGCAGGCAGCAGUCAAAGUAUGUAGCCAGGCCAAAAGCUAGAGCAGGCAGCAAGAUGAGCCUGAAGCCUGAAAAAGCUAUGGAUGCACAUCUCAACAAGUAAAGUAAAUCUGGGAGGGAUGGGAGGUUGAGCAUCAGACUGCUACGAAGAUAAGGGCCUUGAAGGAAAAUCCUUCUUAAGGCUGUCUAGAAAGGACAACUGACAACUACAUCAGGGGAGGAUGGGGAGGAACAUCAAACUGAAGGAUUUCAGAGAAGGACAAGUAUAUCAGGGUGGAGGGAGAAGGGGAGACAUUAGACUGCUCAGAAUCAAAGGUCAGAAGAAGAGAAGAAGAAAACUGCAGCUAAUGGAUAUUUACAGGUGAUACCACAAUCCAGAAUGGAGACUUUCAGUGGUGUGACCUAAGAAGAUAGAAAAUCCUUUAGGGUUUUCUGUAAUAAUUCCUAUGGGAGAUAGCUCUUAGUACAAGUUGAUCCAGGGACUGGUCCGAUUGCCAUCUUGGAGU